AUGGGCGAGGAGAACAAGAUAUAUGGCCUCGUAAUUGAACUCAUGGAUCCUGACUCGAGAGAGGCCGCGUUGCUCGAACUCAGUAAGAAGAGGGAGCAAUACGACGACCUUGCUCUGGUGUUGUGGCAUGCAUUUGGAAUUAUGCCGGCGCUGCUCCAAGAAAUCGUUUCGGUGUAUCCGCUACUUUCUCCCCCUAAUUUAACAGCACACGUCUCAAACCGCGUCUGUAAUGCUCUUGCUUUACUGCAAUGUGUCGCGUCUCAUGCGGAAACGAGGCAAUUAUUCUUGAACGCCCAUAUACCCCUCUUUCUGUAUCCUUUUCUCAAUACCACGUCAAAAACUCGGCCAUUCGAGUAUCUUCGCCUUACCUCCUUGGGUGUCAUAGGCGCGCUCGUCAAGCAAAACGAGAACAACACCGUCAUUCACUUCCUUCUUUCCACUGAAAUAAUACCUCUGUGCCUCCGAAUCAUGGAAACUGGGUCCGAGCUUUCAAAAACCGUCGCGAUCUUCAUUGUCCAGAAGAUCCUCCUCGACGAGACCGGUCUCACCUACAUCUGCCACACCUACGAGCGGUUUUAUGCCGUCGGUACCGUCCUGAGCAACAUGGUCAAUCAGCUAGUGGAGACCCAAGCAGUUCGCUUGUUGAAGCACGUAGUGCGGUGUUACCUCCGUCUCAGCGACAAUCCGAGGGCACGAGAAGCCCUCAGGGCAUGUCUACCAGAACCCUUGCGCGACAACACGUUCAAUGCGCUCCUCAAGGGUGACAUGGUGACCAAACGAUGCCUGACGACCCUCCUCAACAAUCUGAACGAAACCUGA